AUGUUGUACGAACUCCAGUAAAAUCAGAGAUGCCAAGAAAAGAUAUGAAAAGAUUGCAAUACAUAUCUCAUGCUGAGUUUUAGAAACUAUACUAUCUCAUAUCUAGAUUUUACUUAAUUUACAUACUGAAAUUCUAUAUGUAAAUUAUUAUAUUGUUAAAUUUGAUUUAAUUUAAAUUAAAGUUGCAAAUUUAAUUUAAAAUAUAAAAUAAGUAUAAAAAUUAAUUUACAUUUUAUUAAUACAUUCGAAAAAUAAUAGAAAAGAAAAAAAAGUAGUUUACCUUUUAAUUGUUCUCUAGAGAUAUAUACAUAAAUACGUUUAAUAUUCUCGUAUACAUAAAAAAUAUAUUAUAGUUUUAAUGCGUCACGUGAUAGUACAGCCAUGCGUUUCUUAUGCAACAUGGCGACCGGCAAAGGACUUGCAAUCGUUUUCCGACCAAAGACUAUUAAUUUAAUCAGUAAUAAUAAAUUAAAUAAAUUAUCAUGUGGUAUUGUACAAAGAUGUAACACAUGUCAGAGAUUUAUUACAACAGUAGUAUUGGGUGUCAAUAACUGGAACUCAAAACUAACGGGAAAACAUAUAAUAAAAAAUGUGACCCAAAUUCAAAGAGAAAUACAUACAACAUAUAAAUUAUUAAAGCGUAAUUAUUAUGAAAUAUUGGGUGUAUCUAAGAAUGCUUCAGCAAAAGAUAUUAAAAAGGCUUACUAUCAACUCGCUAAGAAAUAUCAUCCUGAUACAAAUAAAGGAGAUCCAAAUGCAAGUAAAAAGUUUCAAGAAGUUUCAGAGGCAUAUGAAGUAUUAAGUGAUGACAACAAAAGAAAAGAAUAUGACACAUGGGGAUCUACAGCAGAACAAAUGGGAAUGGGCGGCGGUAGUCAUGGUGGUCAUAGUGAUCAUGCUAAAGAUUUUAGUGAAGGUUGGCAAUUCAGAUCAUCAGUCAAUCCGGAAGAAUUAUUUAGAAAAAUAUUUGGAGAAGGUGGAUUUCAAAGUAAUAUUUUUAAUGAUUUUGAUGAUUAUCAAGAGUCAAAAUAUGGUUUUGGUGCAGCUCAAGAACUGCCAGAGGAAUAAAUAAAGAAGUUCAGUUAAAUGUAGUAGAUACAUGUCUAAAAUGUAGAGGAUCACGAUGUGAACCAGGAACAAAAGCAGUUAAGUGUCAGUACUGUAAUGGAACUGGAAUGGAAACAAUUAGUACUGGACCUUUUGUAAUGAGAUCUACUUGCCGUUAUUGCAAUGGUACUAGAAUGUUUAUUAAAUAUCCAUGCAUGGAAUGUCAAGGAAAAGGGCAAACGGUGCAACGUAAAAAAAUAACAGUGCCAGUACCAGCUGGUGUCGAAGAUGGUCAAACUAUUCGGAUGGCUAUUGGUAAUAAAGAAAUAUUCAUAACAUUCCGCGUGGAAAAAUCGAAAUAUUUUCGAAGAGAUGGUUCAGAUAUACAUACGGAUGCCCAAAUUUCGUUAUCACAAGCAGUACUUGGUGGUACAAUAAGAAUAGAAGGUGUUUAUGAGGAUCAUACUAUACAAAUUCGAUCUGGUACUUCAUCCCAUAGUAAAAUUCGGCUGAAUGGUAAAGGAUUGAAAAAAGUAAAUGAUACAGGAUAUGGAGAUCAUUAUGUACAAAUUAAAAUUGUUAUACCUACAAAAUUAAAUGAUAAGCAACUAGCAUUACUUCAAGCUUAUGCUGAACUUGAAGAUGAUACGCCUGGAAGUAUACAUGGCAUAACAUAUAAAACAGAUGGAACUAAACAAAGUUAUGCUGGUCCUUUGGAUUUAGUGAAUUCCAUACGGAUGGCAUUAGAUGACAUUUCUCAUAUAGACUGUUCUUCUGAAUGUAAAAAUUCUGAAGAUACUCCUCAAAAUAAUACUAAAGAAAAGAAAAGUAAUUCACAAAAUGAAGAUGUUAAUCCAGUGAGAAGACGAAAAGUAUCUUAAAUUCAAUAACUAAAGAAUUAUAACUAUAAUUAGAAAUAAUAGUCAUUUGAAUACUUUUAGAAACAAUUAAACAAAAGGAUAUAAAAGUAAAUAUCAUAUAAAAAAUUCAAAUUAUAAACGUUAUUUCAAUUUGAAAUAAAUUGACUGUAAUACACAUUUUUUUAAAUGUAAUUAUAUAUUGGGAUUAUUUGUUUAAUAUAGUUUGUUAAUGCACUUUUGCAAAUGUAUUCAUAAAAAGAUUAAUAGUUACCGAAAUUAAUAGAUAUAAUUAUAGUUAUACAAUUUGUGUAAUAAAUUACGCAAAUCGUCAUAUUUUUAUUUAUGUUUUAUCAUUAUAUCCUUCAUUCCAUACUAUCCAAAACAAAUUUAUAUUUAAUUAAAUUCAUAUAUAUCUUAUUUCAUUGUUGCUAGCUUCAUUUUAGAUAUGUUUAGUAUAAAUUAAUUUGAUGAAAAGAAAAAAAAAUUAUAAUGUAUAAAUAUAAUUUAUUAAUUUAACUACAUUGAUUACAAAUACAAAGUGCAUGCAGAAUAAAAACAUUUCUUUUAGAAAACAUUUUUUAGAAAAAAAUAAUUUUGUCUAUUUUUAGAUUGUUGAUGACUUUUUAUUCUAUCUUAUGUUGAUAUAAUUAACAAAGAUUUUCUAAUACAAUUCAGAGCUUAAUAUCUUUCCUUAUUUAUAAAUGUAUAUUGUAAUAUAAAAAUAGUAUAUUUUUUAAAAUAAUUUUUCAGUAAUUAGAUAUUUAAAUAAUACACAUACUAUUAUAUAUAGAUUUUUUAUUUUUAACAAGUAAUAUUAUUAUACUUAUAUUACAAAAUUACAUGUGUAUGUAUAGACUUUUUAAAUUUAAUAAGUGCAGUAGUUUUAUUGUGAAAUUAUAUUAUAUUAUUUUGCAAAUAAAAAUAAUUUUAGAUGUAAAUACAACAAAAUGAAAAAGACUAUUGACAGAGAGAGAAAAAAAUAUUUGUAUUGUUUUAUUUUUAAUAUUAUAACAUUUUAUAUUUUCAUAUUAAUGUACAAAAUAUAAUUGUUUUAUUUUAUUGUUCUUGUCAAAAUAAUGUUUACUGCAUGUACAAUGAUUUUUACACAUUAAAUCUUAUUAUAAUAUAAUUUUAAUUAAGAAAUAA